AUGAAGUUGAGUAUCCUCUUAGUGAAGCUCUACGCUUUAUUUAAAUUCAUCUUCAACAGAACCAGUUCUGAGAGAAAAGCUAGUGCUCUGCAGAAAGUGGCAACCGACAUACAAGGGACUGUAGAUAGUUUGAAACCAAAUCAUCCAUCAACUAGCGGUUCAGUUAUGCAGAAUGCACGCAAUGCCAGUGAUCUCUCUGGUCAUAAACAAUUGGCUAGGAAACAAUCUACACUUGCAGAAGAAAGGUCUAACAAGGAUUCUGGUCGGCUUGAUGGUGAACUUGACAGUUUUAGCGCUUCGGGUUCUAGGAGAAAUGAUUGCCACGUCAGGAAAGACCAAGACGAUGAGGUUCGAAAGCAAUUGGCUAAACAAAAACCAAGGCUUGCUGAUGAAAGAUGCAGUAAAGAUUCUCACUGUUUGGAUGACAUGCUUCAAAAGAAACGGAGACUAGAUGGUUCUCCGCAGAAAAUAAGAAGAAAUGAUGGUAGAAAAGAUACAGAACCUAUUAGAAGAGAUGCGACGGUAGGAAAAUCAAGGCUUGCAGAGGAAAGACGCAGUAAUGAUUUUUACGGUUUGGAUGUCAUGCCUCUAAAGAAACCGAGGCUAGAUGGUUCUGUUGCAGUAUCAGAUGGAAGGAGAAGAGAGUCGCAGAAUACAAGUCAUGAUGUUAAAAAAGACGUACAAGGUAUGAGAAAAGAUGUCAUGGUGGAAAAAUCAAGGCUUGCAGGGGAAAGAUGCAGCAAAGAUUAUUACAUGCCUCAGAAGAAACUGGAGGUGAAUGGCUCUGCUGUAGUAUCAGAUGGAAGGUCAAAAAUGUCACAGAAAUUAAGUCAUGAUGGAAGAAAAGAUCCUAGAGACAACGUCACCAGAGGGGAAGUAUAUUCCAUGAAGCCUAGCUUCACUGACAAGAACCAAGAUCUGCGGAUACCAAGAUGUUCUGAAGGAAAAGAGACCAGACAUGUGAGAUUUGCUGAAGGAACAGAAACCAGACAUGUGAGGUUUUCUGAAGGACAAGAGACCAGACAUGUAAGAUCUUCUGAAGGAAAAGAGACAAGGCCUGCAACUGAGAAAGGUCUUAUCAAGAAAUCCAGCCCUGAUUGUAAAAUAUCAAAACAUAGUGAGGAGAAGAGUUUGACCAACGCCGAUUACAGAAGACAUUAUCGAGUCUCCGAAGUGACUCAAAAGCCUAAUGUUGAAGGAAUCAAAUGGUUCCGAAAACUUAGUUGGGAAGAAGAUUUGAGGGAUGGAGAAGGGAAAGGGACGCUGGUUGUUCUCCGAAACUUGGAUCCUUCUUAUACAUCUAGUGAAGUGGAGAAUAUAAUCUACUCUGCUUUGAAUGAGCAAUGUACGGCCAGGAUGAUUGAGCGGACGUCAGCUACUAUUCCUCAUAUCGGUGAAGCUUUGGUGAUAUUCGAGACAAUGGAUGCUGCAAAAAGGGUAAUAAGAAGACUACAUGAGGGAUGCUUGUUGCUACCAAAUGGAAGGGUACUUGUUGCUACUAGUGCUAAGGUGAAUCCUCCAGCUAUGCCUUCAUUGCCGAUUCCUGGCCAUAUCAAUAUUCAGCGUCGAGGGAAGAGAAGCACUGCGGUUACAUCGCAUUGUUGUCAGGGUAACAACAUUGAAUUUGAAAUGGGCAUGGAAUGGUGGCUGCACUUGAGCACAUACAAGCAGAUUUGGAGAUGGAUAUAUGAGCGACAAAUCGAGGAGAAGAAGAAGUUGCAGUUGGAUGUCCAGCCGAAACACACUUAGUUUCAGCAUCAUCUUGUUGUGUUCUAGUGUAAGUAAAUAAAAGCCCCUGGAGAGGCUAUGUCUAACAUCUAAUGAGUGUGAAGAGUUUUAUCUUCUUCUGUUGAAGCACCUGAGAAGGAGAACACAGAGAAGAGAAC